GGAGUCACGCGGCGCGGGCGCGAUGGCGGCCCCCGCGGACGGCACCGACCUGGAGGCCUCGCUGCUCAGCUUCGAGAAGCUGGACCGCGCCUCCCCGGACCUGUGGCCUGAGCAGCUGCCCGGCGUUGCCGAGUUCGCCGCCUCCUUCAAAAGCCCCAUUACAAGUUCUCCUCCCAAGUGGAUGGCUGAAUUAGAAAAUGAUGAUAUUGAUAUGUUGAAGGAGUUGGGGAGCCUCACUACAGCUAACCUGAUGGAAAAAGUUCGUGGCCUGCAGAACCUGGCUUAUCAGCUGGGACUAGAUGAAUCUAGAGAAAUGACUCGAGGGAAAUUCCUGAACAUCCUAGAGAAACCCAAAAAGUAGCUGCUACAUCUAGUGUUUGGACGAAAAUACACCAACUAGGUCAUUUUAUGUACUGCGGAUACAGAGGAAGCCCAGAACUUCUAAGAAGAAAAAGCUCUUGCUCUAGACCUUCAGAAGCAAACAUCUAUUUUUGCUUCCACGGAUCAUCUCUUUAUGGGGGAAAACGUAUGGCAUACACAAGUCACAAGGACUGCAGAUGGUUGUGUUGGAAUUUGGAACUUCAUCUGACCAUAGAAUGUCCAACCUGACGUGCUGUGACACAGUUACCUGUUUUAAUCAGCUGUUCAAAGUGACUAGCUAGUGUCCUUGUUCAGCUCCUCUCAGGGGCAGCCCCUGUUUCAAGUACACAGCAGAUCUGACUCUGGCUGGUGUGCAUCAUGAGGCAUUGACCCUUUUGUGUGUCUUUUGUCUCAGAUGCAUUGAUUUCCUGCGACUUCUGUGCUAAAGGAUUUGAGCACAGUUCAGGGUGUGGAUUGACCAAUACCGGUUCAGCAGGAGCAUAUGAUUUUAGUGUAGAAACUGAGCGCAGUCUCUGCUUUAGAUUCCAGUUACUCACUGCCUUCAGAGAAGCAUGUCUGGUACUCCGAGGCAGACCUUCAGUACACCAGGAGCUUCAUUUCCCUGCUAAACGGUUCUCUAGUGAAAUUGAGACUGACAGACCACUGUGAGUAAGAGGUGUUACUGUGCCAUAAAGGAAAAUAUCCUCACAGAAGCUUUGCCCAGUACGCAAAGAGACAGCUGUGUCAGUCCACUGCAAUUCUCUGCUUCUAACAGAGCUAGAAAUUGGAAAGAGUUAUAAAGUUGAAAGGUGAGAAUAUUUUCAGUUAGCACUCUAAGAAGUGGCAACAGGAUUUUUAGCCACAUUGCAAGGAUGGUCUGCCUAUAGAGACUCUUAGCAUUUCUGAAAAAAACCUUUUGUGGUAUCUUUAAUUACUUAUAUGCCAGCACCUCAACAUUUUCUUCUACAAAAUCAGAAUUUUUAAGACAGAAAUUUCUGUGACCUGAUCCCUUUCAGCACACUUUUUUGGUAUUUAUUCAUCUUACAGUUUAAUGCCUUUUCCUCCUGUUCAUGCACUUUUACGUGUUCACCCUGUAGAAGAGGUAAAGAGCAUGUUCAGACUUUUUGGUUUAUUUAAGGGAAUAAUUUCUUUUGCUUCAUCCUCUUUCCUUUUCCUAGAAAACAACAUUUUAAGAAUUAGUAAAUAUGUUCUUUUUAGGAUACAAUAUGAUGUGGAAACACUGGGGGAAGAGCAGGGUUUUUUCUCUAUUUAGAAAUGUUAUUUUUACCAUGCAGGCUUUUCAAAAUUUGUCAUUUCUCAGUAGUCACAUAUGAGAAGAGAAAUUACUUGGAAAUAGUGCAUGUCCUUAGAGCACUGCAUUUUUCUGGGUUUUCAGGGAGAGAAGGCUCUUUUCAGAUGCAUGUGCAAUAAAGAGAGGGAGAUUUUUAAAUCAAA